UGCCCGAGGACAGUCCUUCUCCCGCUGCCGCGCAUCGCGCCGCCCCAGCCCGCCGCGGGGGCUCGGCGCCCGCCCGCAACUUUGAGCGAAGAGGCGGACGGCUCCGGUGCCCUCGCGGGGCCGCUCUCCACGCGGGCUCGGGGGAUUCUACAGGCCUGGAGGGUGGCGCUCGGGGCGGAGGACGUGCCAAGCACCGGCCCGCGCCCCUUGGACCCGAAAGCGGACGGUGCCUUGCGCGCUGCGUCGGGAAAGGGGGCGCCCUUGGCCCGCGGGGACCUGAGCGGGCGCGCCCUCGAGGGAGCCGGCCUGGAGAUGGCCCUGAGGCGGCGGUGAGGCGGGCGGUGGCCCGCGCGCCCCCCGCACCCGCACCAUGCAGAAGAGCGUGCGCUACAACGAGGGGCACGCCCUGUACCUGGCCUUCCUGGCGCGCAAGGAGGGCACCAAGCGGGGCUUCCUGAGUAAGAAGGCGGCCGAGGCGAGCCGCUGGCACGAGAAGUGGUUCGCCCUUUACCAGAAUGUGCUCUUCUACUUCGAGGGCGAGCAGAGCGGUCGCCCGGCGGGCAUGUACCUCCUGGAGGGCUGCACCUGCGAGCGGACGCCCGCUCCACCCAGGGCCGGCGCGGGACCGGGAGGAGGCCGGGACGCGCUGGACAAGCAGUAUUACUUUACUGUUCUUUUUGGCCACGAAGGUCAGAAACCACUGGAGCUGCGCUGUGAGGAGGAGCAGGACGGUAAGGAGUGGAUGGAGGCCAUUCACCAAGCCAGUUAUGCAGACAUUUUGAUUGAGAGGGAAGUGUUAAUGCAGAAGUACAUUCAUCUAGUUCAGAUCGUAGAGACAGAAAAAAUUGCAGCUAACCAACUCCGACAUCAACUUGAAGAUCAAGACACAGAAAUCGAAAGACUUAAAUCAGAGAUUAUUGCUCUCAAUAAAACCAAAGAACGAAUGCGACCUUACCAAAGCAAUCAAGAAGAUGAGGAUCCAGACAUCAAGAAGAUUAAAAAGGUCCAGAGCUUCAUGCGAGGCUGGUUGUGUAGAAGGAAAUGGAAGACCAUCGUGCAGGAUUACAUCUGUUCUCCUCAUGCUGAAAGUAUGAGGAAGAGAAACCAGAUUGUGUUCACCAUGGUGGAGGCAGAGUCAGAGUACGUCCACCAACUCUACAUCCUGGUCAAUGGCUUCCUCCGGCCCCUGCGGAUGGCUGCCAGCUCCAAGAAGCCGCCCAUCAGCCAUGACGAUGUUAGCAGUAUCUUUCUCAACAGUGAAACAAUCAUGUUUCUUCAUGAAAUAUUUCAUCAAGGACUAAAGGCAAGGUUAGCAAAUUGGCCUACUUUGAUUUUAGCUGAUCUGUUUGAUAUUUUGCUCCCCAUGCUGAACAUUUAUCAAGAAUUUGUGCGUAAUCACCAGUAUAGCCUCCAAGUACUUGCUAAUUGUAAGCAAAACAGAGAUUUUGACAAACUCUUAAAACAGUAUGAAGCCAACCCUGCCUGUGAAGGAAGGAUGCUGGAAACAUUCUUGACCUACCCGAUGUUCCAGAUUCCCAGGUACAUCAUCACACUGCAUGAGCUCCUAGCUCACACGCCCCAUGAGCAUGUGGAGAGGAAAAGCCUGGAGUUUGCUAAAUCAAAACUAGAGGAGCUAUCCAGAGUGAUGCAUGAUGAAGUCAGCGACACUGAAAACAUAAGGAAAAACCUUGCCAUAGAAAGAAUGAUCGUGGAAGGCUGUGACAUUUUGCUGGACACCAGCCAAACUUUCAUCCGCCAGGGUUCUCUUAUUCAAGUACCUUCUGUUGAGAGGGGGAAACUUAGUAAAGUUCGCCUGGGUUCGUUGUCUUUGAAAAAGGAAGGCGAGAGACAGUGCUUCUUAUUUACAAAACACUUUUUAAUUUGUACAAGAAGUUCAGGAGGAAAGCUGCAUCUGCUUAAGACAGGUGGGGUUCUUUCCCUAAUAGAAUGCACGUUGAUUGAAGAGCCUGAUGCAAGCGACGAUGACUCCAAAGGUUCUGGGCAGGUGUUUGGGCACCUGGAUUUCAAAAUAGUGGUGGAACCUCCUGACGCCGCCUCCUUCACUGUUGUCUUGUUGGCACCUUCACGCCAGGAGAAGGCCGCCUGGAUGAGUGACAUCAGUCAGUGUGUGGACAAUAUACGAUGUAAUGGUUUAAUGACUAUAGUGUUCGAAGAGAAUUCCAAAGUCACCGUGCCACAUAUGAUUAAGUCUGAUGCCCGUCUUCACAAAGACGACACUGACAUUUGCUUCAGUAAAACACUCAACUCCUGCAAAGUGCCGCAGAUCCGGUACGCCAGCGUGGAGCGCCUCCUCGAGCGGCUGACUGACUUGAGAUUUCUGAGUAUCGAUUUCCUCAACACCUUUCUGCACACCUAUCGCAUUUUCACCACGGCGGCUGUGGUGCUGGGGAAGCUUUCUGACAUAUACAAGAGGCCUUUCACCUCCAUCCCUGUCAGGUCACUGGAAUUGUUUUUUGCUACCAGCCAGAACAACAGAGGUGAACAUUUGGCGGAUGGAAAAUCCCCACGUCUGUGUCGCAAAUUCUCUUCCCCGCCGCCACUGGCUAUGUCCAGAACAUCCUCCCCAGUGAGGGCCAGAAAGCUGUCCUUGACUUCCCCCUUGAACUCAAGGACAGGAGCCCUGGACCUGACCACGUCCUCGUCCUCCAGCAGUCCCACCACCACCCACAGCCCUGCUGCGUCCCCACCACCACACACUGGCAAAGUGCCGCUGGAUCUUAGCAGAGGCCUCCCUUCUCCAGAGCAAAGCCCAGGAUCUGUAGAAGAGAAUGCAGAUAACCCCCGCGUGGAUCUGUGUAACAAGCUAAAACGAAGUAUUCAAAAAGCAGCAGUCCUAGAGUCUGCACCAGCCGACCGAGCAGGAGUGGAAAGCUUCCCCGUAGCGGACGCCACAGAACUUUCGCCUUGCAGAUCCCCCUCGACUCCCCGGCACCUCCGCUACCGCCAGCCUGGAGGACAGACAGCUGACAAUGCCCACUGCUCUGUUUCGCCGGCCUCUGCUUUUGCAAUUGCCACAGCUGCAGCAGGACACGGGAGUCCACCAGGAUUUAACAACUCUGAGCGGACAUGUGACAAAGAGUUUAUCAUUCGGAGAACAGCCACCAACCGAGUACUGAACGUCCUCCGUCACUGGGUCUCAAAGCACGCACAGGAUUUUGAACUCAACAACGAAUUGAAGAUGAACGUCCUAAAUUUGCUAGAAGAAGUUUUGCGAGACCCAGAUCUUCUUCCCCAAGAAAGGAAAGCCACAGCGAACAUCCUGAGAGCUCUUUCACAAGAUGAUCAAGAUGACAUCCACCUAAAAUUAGAGGAUAUAAUUCAAAUGACUGACUGUCUGAAGGCCGAGUGCUUCGAGACCCUGUCAGCCAUGGAGCUGGCUGAGCAGAUCACCCUCCUGGACCACAUUGUUUUCAGAAGCAUUCCCUACGAAGAGUUUCUUGGGCAAGGGUGGAUGAAGCUGGACAAAAAUGAAAGAACACCUUACAUUAUGAAAACCAGCCAACACUUUAAUGAUAUGAGUAACCUGGUGGCCUCCCAGAUAAUGAAUUAUGCUGACGUCAGCUCCCGUGCCAACGCGAUUGAGAAGUGGGUAGCGGUGGCUGACAUUUGCCGGUGCCUGCACAACUACAAUGGCGUGCUAGAGAUCACCUCAGCCUUAAACAGAAGUGCCAUCUACAGGCUGAAGAAAACCUGGGCCAAGGUGUCCAAGCAGACAAAAGCUCUAAUGGACAAACUUCAGAAGAUCGUUUCAUCUGAAGGAAGAUUUAAAAAUCUCAGAGAAACCCUUAAAAAUUGCAACCCUCCAGCAGUUCCUUACCUUGGGAUGUACUUGACAGACCUGGCAUUUAUUGAAGAAGGAACACCAAACUUUACUGAGGAAGGUCUCGUCAAUUUUUCCAAGAUGAGAAUGAUAUCACACAUCAUCAGAGAGAUACGCCAGUUCCAGCAGACCUCCUACAGAAUAGACCACCAGCCAAAGGUCACACAGUACCUGCUGGACAAAGCCCUGAUCAUAGAUGAGGACACACUGUACGAGCUGUCACUGAAGAUUGAGCCUCGACUCCCUGCUUGAAAGUCCAGCCUUGCCCCGAGUCCGCAGAAUUUCAUGGAACGUGGGACAGACAGAACUGUGCAUGCCACGUCCCACAAGGUGCAGCUGGAGCCAGUCUCCCUUCUCCACCGAAGAAGAUGGAACCAGACUGGAAUUCUGUCUCUGCUAGAGAAAAACCCAGCUGUUUGGGUCAAAGACAAUGCUUAAGACUCGGGUGGGAAGGUGAAGGGUUGAUAUUUAGCAAAGCCAAUGGCACAUUUUAUGUAAGGGAAUGUAAGAUGGGAGAUGCUAACAGCCAUUAUAAGGAAGCAGGUAAGACAGUGUAUUUCCAACUUUGUCCCGUGUUCUGUUAGUACUCAGGGACAAGGAUCUGUGGAAAAGACCUGUGAUGUUUCUCUGGCACUCUGCUGGCUUGGACACAUCUACCAAACUUCUCCUAGGAUUUAACUACUUCCUUGACAUUUCCUUUUGGCACAAGCUUCCCAGUAGAGCUGAGGCUUCCUCUGCAGGGAUGGGCCAACACAGAAGCAAUUCCAGUCCACAGCAUGUGCAUGGUUUUCAGUGCUUUCUAAAUAUUUAUACUUGAGGAAUGGUGUGUUCUGAAACUGCCUGUCCAGUCUUUCAGCAACAGGAUAGGAAGGAAACAAUAAGAGACAAUGGGUUUGUGGCUAACAUUUCCUUAAUUAAAUACAAUAGGCUGUGCCCCCAGAGGAUGUCAGCCGGUGGCUGUCUUGGGGUGGGGGUGGAAGCUUAUUCCUGAGACCACUGGGCCCAAGAAGCCAACCCUCUUGGAGAGGCAGUGGCAGAGUUUGCAAAAAGGUGCACGCCCACCUCACCGGCAAAACUGUGGAACACCCUAGGAGGCCGCCAAAUGCUAUGGGGGGUAAUGGGUUUCAAUACCAAGGGGAAAUCUGUACCUAAAAAUCAUCUCUGCCCCUCUGCUUGCCUUCUCCUUCCUCCCCCACAGUACUGUAGGAAUCUAUCCUUACUUACACCAACCUUUUUUAGGCUCACUAUGAACAUUGGCUGUAUUUUUAAAAAAACAGUUUAGUGGGAUUUUUUUUUUUUUAAACCCACACUUCCAUAUGCUGUUGGUAGCUAUCUUUGUUGAAGAGUGAUUUUGAGAUAUUUCUGAGUGAGAGGAUCAUAAAUGCUUGGGAUAUGGGCCCAACCGCUCAACAGCUGUUACGUUAGAAACCAAAUGCAGGGGUUAGUCCUGCUAGCCUAGGCUGGGGAAGUGACCUUACUUUUCCCAAGAUAGUCAGUUAUUGAAGAAAUAGGGCUAUCUCAUUGUUUACCUCCCUCUUCUCUUCUCAGGGAGACUGCUGCUUUAAAAGAAGAAAGAGAAAAAUACAGAGUUAUUGUUAGCUGAGCCUCUAUUGCACCUGACAUUUUCUCUCAGAGGCAUGAAGCUUAUUGACGCUGACAAUGAAAAAUUGAUCUGUCUGGCUGUUUUCCCUCUUUCCUUGCACUUUAAUUAUGCUGGUAGAGCUAACAGCUGAUAAUAAAUUCCACUUGCUAGCUCUUAAAGACCCCGUGGAAGAGCUAGCCUGAUAAUGUACCAUAGAGGUAGAGAAUGUACAUUUUCUGCGGUCAGGACCAUCUCUGUACAUAACUGUUUAGUGAAAUAUCAACUAGGAAAAAUAUUUAUAAUAUUUAAAGACCAUUCCAAAAAUAUUUUCAAUAGCUCAUUAGCCAACAGUGUAGCACUAAACCCAAGGAAAGUUAUUUAUGGAUGCUGUAUUUUUCUUUCUUUUUUUUCUUUUUUUAAAAAAAGUUGCUUGUCUGUUCUCUUUAGUUUCAAAUAAGAGGUUGACGCAUCUUGAUGCAUGAUGAGACGCAUGGGCUGUGUGGAUCCUAACAAUGCAUCACCCGUGAUUUCCUUCUCAGUGUUCAGAAACUGACGGCUUGAAAUAAUACAUGUCAAUUGCACCACACACCUCAUGGUCUUGCAGAAGAAAUGUAUAAGUACAGGUUAGCUUUCUGGGCUCAAAGGGUGAACUAAAACCAGGACAAAUUUGUGAAAGGACCACACACAUACAGUUUCAAGCAAAAUAACAGUGGAAUGGUCCACCAUCUACCCCGCCCUGGCAUCACCAAAGUCCUUUGGCAGGAAAGGGAUGGUUGUGUAUUCACUAUCCCUGAAAGUUUGGACUUAACUUCUUUGACCCAAAUGUUCCAGAGCCACUGUAGCCAUUCUUAUUAAAGAAAGAAAAAUAAAAGAGAGAGGAAAGUCAAAUGUUCCUCCCCUUUUGGAACACAGCUUUUCCUCAACUAGUAACAAGCCUUUUGCCCCUAUUUCCUGCAGGAUGUUGGAGGGUCCCUUGUCACCUGUGGGCACUGUCAAUGGCUAUGCUGACCCUUAGCUUUUGUUUUUUGUUUGUUUUAGAGAUGGGAUCUUGCUAUGUUGCCCAGGCUGGCCUCAAACUUGUGGGCUCAAGUGAUCCUUCUGCCUCAGACUCCUGAGUAGCUGGGACUGAUGGCCUGCACCACCACUUUGGCCCUUUAGCAUUUUAUUGAAAAUUACAUGGCCCUUCUCUGCUUCCUGGAGCCUGGAGCUUUGCUGGAGGGUCAGGAGAGCCAAGAGAGAGAACUCCACAUCCAGAGGAGUUCCCUUUGAUGACCUGCACCCUUUGUGGGCCAGCUGGGAUAGGAAUACACAUUUUUUAAAAACCUUAAUUUGGUCACAUUUAAAAUCCCCAAGAGCAAUUGGCAGUUUCUUCUGACUUUAAUGUCCUCGUUCUCUUCUGCCUUUUAAGCUUUCAGUGUAUUGUGACAGACAAAACGCUCUCCCAGGUAUAUCAGCCUAUAUUCCAUUCCAUGAGACCCAUUUCUAAGAGUAGAUGGGAGGUCAGCCUCUAAUAGCCAAGUAGGGAACAUGUGUGUUGUAAAAUUAACCUAGAAAAUCAGAAGUAAAAUCCUAUUUCAUGCUUUCAAAGGAAUACCCACGUUUUGUACUGUCAAUGGAAUUAUCUUUGGGCUUUUAGGAGAUGCCUUUGGUUAUUAACUAAGACAUCCAGUUUUGCUACAGGGACAAAUCUUGUACCUAAGCCCAUACAUUAUGUGACAGAUUCGGGCAUGAAGUAGAACAUUGUCACUUUUCCUCAAUGUUUUUCUGAAGGAAUUUAAAGAAGAAAUGUUAAACUGCUUUUCUGAUAUUUUUCAAGCACCUCUCACACCACGUCUUAUUACUAUUGGUUAAAUUUCAGUACAUCUGAAAGUACUACUUAUAAACAAAUGAAACGCAUAGGUACUGAACUAUUUUGAGAAGAAAAAUCCAUUAUGGUCUCAUGUGGGUGUGUUGUCAGACCAGCACCACUUCCCUCUUGUCACUGUGUGAGACGUGGCCAGCAAUGAUUAAACGCUUUUAAAUUCUUAAUUUUUAUUUAAAAGUAGAGGAUUAAUUUAACUUUUUAAAGUUUGAUUUUACUCCCCCUGGAAAAAAAAUCUUUCUCUUCACUUUGAAAUAUAGUAUUUUUUACAUACAACCUGCAAAGUGUAUCAUUUUUCCUGCUUUUAAUGUGGCAUAAAAGGUAACAGAUGUUAUGGCUUAACAGUAUAACCAAGCUAAUGUCCACAACCAGAAGAAAUCAAUGAACGUGAUUUGUUUUCUAUUCACUAAGAAAUCAGAUAGUACCUUUAAAUAAUGACUUGAUUACACACACCACUAUGUGAUUCUUGGUAAUAAGACGUGAGUCAAUGAAAUCUAAGCAUGUCAUUUCUCAGAGGCCCCUGGUGACUUAAAGUUAAGGCAGCGCAGAACUAAAGUGGGAAACAGGCAUUUUGUUGUAGGUGUAAACACACGAAUGAUUCGGGAAAUUACUCAUCUCAUCUGCCGCACAGCAUGACAUGAACAUUAGAGUUGAUUGUACUUGAUCUGAUCUGCUCAUGAAAAAUGAUAGUUCUACUUAAUGAGGUUGAAUCACUGUCUUUCCUACUCCGGGUGAGAAAGAGCACUGAAUUAGGAAUCCCAGCCCUGAGUCCUAAGCCUGGAUCUCCACGGACUAGCUGAAAAACCUUAGGCCAGUGUUUACACCUCUCUGAGCCUCAGUUUCCUCAUCUGCAAAAUGGUAUGAGUAGUAAUUCUUGCACUGUCUACCUCAUAGGGCUGCUGUGAUGACCAAAUGGGUUAGACUGUAAACUGUAAAGUGCUAUCCAAAUGUGAGGUGACGUGAUUACUAUCCUCAGCUCUCUUUUGUAGAAGAUUGAAAUGUGCUUCUUUAUUAUUUGUAUGUGUGUGAUGGGCAAACACAUGUGUGUUUCAGAAGUGUAUUGUUUGUGUUCAGUUACUUUGCAAGUCUGUGGGCCUUUGUGAUUUCGACAGAGGGAUCUGUGCUGUGGCCUAACACUUGUCAGCCGAGGUGUAGGUUAUGCCUAUAUGCAAAUUAAACUUUG